CAUAAGCCAAAAGGUACUUCUCUACCUAGGGUAGGCUGGUAGCUCAACCAAAUGGCCAGAGUUCAUCCAAUUCUAGUAGUACCCAGGAUUGAUAAUUCUUCUGUUAGUACCUCUCCAUGUUCUGAACCAUACAUGACCUCAAAGAGAGAAACAUUCACUAUAUGGAUGAAGUCCCUUGUUAUGCAAGGAAAUGGAUGCACAGCGUACGACGAAAAUGGUGAGAUUGUGUAUCGUGUUGAUAACUACGACAACAAGCACAGCAAUGAAGUCUAUCUCAUGGAUCUCCGUGGCAAAGUUCUGUUUACUCUAUGUGAGCAGAAAAUGUGCGUUUUCAGACCUAAUUGGGAGGCUUAUGAGUCCAAUGGGUCUGACACGCCAUUUUUUCGAGUCAGAAAGAGCAAAAUUUUCGGAGGAGAGUCUUCUUAUAAGGUAACCAUGCCAUCUGAUGGAAGUUGUUACAUUUUAGAAGCUGGUGGGAAAUCAACAUUUAGAAUAAGAGAUGGCAAUGGAGGAGUUGUAGCCGAGGCGAAGCGAAAGCAAUCGUCUUCAGGGUUAGAAUUCGGAGAUGAUGUACUGAGUUUAGUGGUGGAGCCUCAUGUGGAUCACUCCUUCAUCAUGGCUCUUGUUACUGUUUAUGGCUUAAUCAAACGUCAAAUAUGAAUCUCAGAACUGGCUCAGAUGCUAAGUUUUAUAUAUAUGCUUCUAGCAAAUAUUGGUGCACAGUAAAUAUCAUUUUUUUAAACCCAUUUUGGGUACGUGAGCAGUGAUGUUGCUCAGAGAGGGUUUUGCCUUUUUGUUUAGUUUGUAAGGAAUCAAUUUUGCCUUUUAUUACUGACUUGUGUGAUCAAUAUGGUUCAAAUUUUUGUGAGUAUUAAAACCAUAUGAUUGAAUUGAAUACAGUAGAAUGAUCGUCAA